AUGACAGCCACGACGGGUCCAGGCCCUUUAGGAAGGCUCUGGAGCACAGAUCUGCUUCUUGAGGAGCCUCCGUCCUCCAGAGAUGUUUCUGAACAUAAACUUAAGGUUCAGGAAAAAUGGAAAACCCUGGAGGCUGCAAUUACAGGACUGGGUCCAGUCAAAGCAAAAAACAACUGGAUUGUUGCAUUUCCCUGGUUUCAUCUCCUUCUGCUUGUCCUGUGCUUCAGGCCUUCUUUUUCACAGGGACAUUUUCCACAAAUGGAGAACAUAGCUGCUUUUAAACCUGUGUCCACUUCUCCCGUUCACUCCACGUGUGGUUUUCCUGAGCGGAGCAGCUACUGUCAGUCUGCAGCUUCACAGGCCGAGCUCCAGGCGUGCCACCAGGCAUUCUGUGUCCAGGACUGUCUCUAUAGGUCCUCCACUCCACCUUAUGCCCCUCUGCUGCUGCCAGCUCAUAGGGGGAGCUGCGUUACAGAAGACUACAGAGACACUCCUAAAUCUGAAACAGGUUCUACUCUGUCCUUGGACGAGGGAGCUCCUAGUGUGAUAUUUUGGCCUGACAAGGAUGGAUGUUUUGUGUCUCCACCUUCACAAAAACUGGGCCCCUCAGGAUCCUUGACUUUGGCAGUUUGGAUAAAGCCGAACACAACAGGAGAAAUGAUGAUAUUGGAAAUGAGCUCUGAGGAAAGCCUGGCGUUUGCAGUAACCGUAUCAGAACACGCUGUCACUCUUCGAUACGGGCAGAGCAGAGGUCACGCCUUUCAAACGAUCAGCUUCAGAACCAGCGGCAGACUCGGACUUUUGACAUGGACGCACCUUGUACUGCAGAUUCAUGACACAAAAGUUAGUCUUUUCCUGGACGGCCUGGAGGAGGACGGGACGCCCUUUGAGACACAGACUCUGUCCAAUAAGAUCCCUGACACCAGCGAGGGGGACGCCAUGUGGGUGGGCCUCAGCUCCAACGGGUCCAAUCAGUUCAUUGGGCACAUGCAGGACUUUAGAUUUUAUCCUGCCACUCUGACCAACAGGGAAAUUGUGGAGUUGUAUUCAGGAAUUCUGCCUAAAGUCCACGUGCAGUCCGAGUGCCGCUGCCCCCCCACACAUCCCAGAAUCCACCCUUUAGUGGAGAGAUACUGCAUCCCUAAUGCUGUUGAGGACACCACAAACGACAGAACACCAAGACUAAAUGAGAACACCCACCCACUCAGUUAUUUAAACGACCAGGACAUGGGCACCAUGUGGCUCUCCAGGGUUAUGAGCACACAGGAGCUGGAUGAAGGUCUCACAGUCUCUGUGGAUCUGCUGAAUGGACAGUACCAGGUUUUCUAUGUGAUCAUUCAAUUUGGAAGCCUUUUGCCUGAAAACAUAGUUUUCCAAAGACGUUAUGUUGAUGUAGAGAAUCCAAACUCCACUGAAGAGCCGUGGUCAGACUGGCAGUACAUGGCCCGAAACUGUAGCCUGUUUGAAAUGGACAAUAAUGGACCUUUACUCAGACCAGACUCUGUCAACUGUUUGACUUUACCCAGUGAGGUGCCUUAUUCUGAUGGAAACAUCACGUUCAGCCUCCUCACGUCUGAACCAAACCUGAGGCCUGGAUACAAUGACUUCUACAACACACCUGCCCUGCAAAAAAUGGUGUAUGCCACACAGGUCAGAGUUCAUCUGUCAGGACAGUACCUGACCACUGAAACCGGAGUCAACCACGGACAUCGAUACUACACAGUCAAGGAGAUCACAAUUAGUGGAAGAUGUGAAUGUCACGGUCACGCGGACAACUGUGACACAAGUGUGAGCCCCUAUCGCUGUUCAUGUCUGUCUGAGAGUCACACGGAGGGCGACAACUGCCAGCGUUGUGCACCGCUCUUCAAUGACAAGCCGUUCAAAUCUGGAAAUCAGCUCCAGCCAAUGAACUGUCGUCCCUGUCAGUGCUACAGCCACGCCUUUUCAUGUCAUUAUGAGGCUGAAGCUGAUAAUCAUCCUGAUGAACACUACAGGGGUGGAGGAGGUGUGUGUGACCACUGCAUGCACAACACCUCAGGACGGAACUGCGAGAUGUGUGUAAGUUUGUUUUUCAGGAGGGAGGGGUCUGAUCCUUCUCUGGUCGAUGUGUGUCAGCCCUGUAACUGUCACACUGCUGGUACUGUAAACGGAAGUGAGAUAUGCACACAGGUUGGAGGACAGUGUUAUUGCAAACCUGCAGUAACAGGUCGACGGUGCACAGACUGUUUACCCGGCUGGUAUGGACUUAACACAUCAAAUCCAAAUGGUUGUUUUCAGUGUAACUGCAGUGAGAUCGGCACCAUGAGCCCGUCAGCAGAGGGGGGCCUCAGCUGCGAUCAACACACAGGACAGUGCCCCUGUAAACCUCAUGUUACAGGUCUGUCCUGUGACCGAUGUGAGUUUGGGUUCUGGAACCUGUCCCACGCAAACGGCUGUGUCCCAUGUGACUGCGACCCAUCGGGCUCUCUGAGUGUGUUCUGUGAGCCGGAGGGGGGGCAGUGUGAGUGCAGGCCUGGUGUGGGGGGGCGCCGCUGUGCCUCCUGUGCACCUGGUUCAUUUGGCCUGGAGGAGUCGUGUUCCCCCUGUAACUGCUCAGAAAACGGGACUGUCGCUGGAACAGUCUGUGAUCCUCAUACAGGACAAUGUGUCUGUAAGGAGAACGUUUUUGGUCGUGGUUGUGACACUUGUAAACCUGGCUAUCACACUUUGGACCAUCGAAACUCCUUUGGGUGUCUUCCUUGUGUGUGUGACUUGAGUGGCACUCUUCCAGGAGCCACCUGUGAUGUUCACACAGGACAGUGUCCGUGUAGAGAAGGAGUAGAGGGGGCACAGUGCAACAGCUGCGCCAACAACUACUACAACCUCAGUGCAUCCACCACAAGUGGAUGGUCCCCGAGCUGUGUGCCGUGUAGCUGUGACCCCAGUGGGACAAUGGACGGAUCAGUGUGCGAUAGCUCCACAGGUCAAUGUGUUUGUUUGUCCACACGCCACGGAAGAGACUGCAGCAGCUGUAGACCGGGGUUUUACCUGUCACCAAACAGCAGUUUGUGUGUGAGGUGUGAUUGCCACCCCUCUGGAGCAGAGCAGAGCACAUGUGAGAGCCACACAGGACAGUGUCUGUGUGCCCAUUCCUCUGUAGGAGGGAGGCGCUGUGAGCACUGUCUAGACAUGUACUUUGGAUUUGACCCUGGCACUGGCAGAUGCCAGCCAUGUGCGUGUGACCCAGUGGGCAGCCUCAACGGGUCGUGUCACCCAGAGUCGGGCGUGUGCGUCUGUAAACUGUUGGUAACUGGAGACAGGUGUGAUGUUUGCCAACCUGGAUCACAUUAUUUGGUUGCAGAAAACCCUUAUGGCUGCAGCAAAGCCCCGUCUCAACAGCCUCCGCCUAUAGCUACUUCCCUCAAUUAUUCCGCUGUUUGGCUUACAUGGCGGCCACCUGACUCCCCAUACUCAAACAAACUUAACUACACACUUAUCAGAGAUGGGCAAUUGCGGCACACCAUCCAAAGUCAUUAUCCAUUUAGUAAUGAAUCAUUUGAAGACACAGAUUUGUCUCCUUACACUAACUACACCUACUGGCUAGUAACUGCCAAUGUGGCUGGGUCAACAAUAAGCGCGUCGGUCUCGUGCCAGACCUUAGGUGCACCUCCCUCUGCAGAUGAGCUCAAACUGAAGAUUGUGGGAAGACCAGGUCCUACUAGUGCGUACUUUGCCUGGAGUGCACCAUCAAAUGAUACAGGUCCUGUGGAAAAGUUUCUGUUAUUUUCCAUAGAGCCUAAUGGUGAGCAUUUUCUCCACUACACAGGGCUCUCCACUGAAGCAGUAGCAAGUGAUCUUAUGCCCUUUACCCAAUAUUCUGCUUAUUUGGAGGCUUGUUCUUCUGGGGGAUGCACUGUUUCCAAACCUCUGUCUCUGCUGACGGCUUCAGCCCCUCCACAGAACCAACCUCCACCCAACGUCACCACCACUGGCCCUCACACACUGAAUGCAUCAUGGGAGCCUCCUGCCCAGCCAAAUGGAGUUAUAACAAAAUAUGAAGUGUUUCUGCGGGGGCCCUUUGAAUCUUACAACCUAUCAAGACAAACGGCUGAAGAGCUGGUGUUCACGAGCUCUGGUUGGCUGGAUCUGAGCAUGUCCCACAUAACAGAGACCAACAGCAGCACUAUUCCCCCUCCUGAGAGCAGCUCCAUGGUCACUGGCCUACAGGCCUUUUCCACGUAUCAAAUAAGAGUCGUGAGCUCCAACAUGGCUGGAAGUGUCACAUCACAGUGGACCACAGCUCGCACAAUGGAGGGAGUGCCAGAGUUCAUCGCUCCUCCUCAAGUCACUGCGUUGUCAGCCAGCACGUUCAGAGUUACUUGGAACGCCACUGAAGGUCACGGGGUCAUCGCCAGAGGACACGUGACGGAAUACCACGUUAACCUGGUCACGGAGCAGUCCAACAGCCCUCAUGCCCCUCGUGUUAUUAACCAGGUUAUAUACAGGACAAACUCAUCAUCUGAGCCGGUUUACAUAGUAGAAGGACUAAAGCCGUACCAAGAAUAUAUGUUUUCUGUGACACUGUGCACAAAGGCGGCGUGUAUCACCAGUUCACCGAGCACAGGACGCACUUUAUCUGCAGCUCCUGCAGGGCUGUCUCCACCUCAGCUGUACCCAGUAAAUGAGCACACCAUUCAAAUACUCUGGGACCCCCCGGCUCAGCUGAACGGACCACCACCGCUUUACCAGCUGGAGAGGAUUGAUGUUUCUUUGUCUGACCCACACACUCCUGUCGUACGAGGAACCAGGUUUCCAGGCAAUAGUUUCUAUGAGUUUCCCGAUGACACUCUUCCCACAAAUACGGACUUUACAGGUAUUCGAUUGAGUUUCAGGACCCAGUCUCCUGAUGGUUUGCUGAUCGCCGCCUUCUCACCAGGAAUUCAAGAAGAGUUCAUCGCUAUCCAGCUAAAAAAUGGACAACUAUACUUUAUUUUUGAUCCACAAGGUUCCCCAGUUUCUGUGGCGGCAAAUAACGGAGAAUUACUUCAUGACGACCAAUGGCACAGUAUCACUGCGACAAGAAAAGGCUCCACGGGAACAGUAACGAUAGACGACCAAUACAGAGGUACUGCAUCAGCGGCCAGUGGCAGCAGUAUUAUUGGAGAAAACACAGGCGUGUUCAUCGGAGGCCUCCCUGAGGAUUUCACAUUUCAACGCAGAGAUUUAGGUGAAUCCAAUGUGGAGCUGGUUAAACAGGGCUUCACUGGUUGCCUCAGAGAUGUUCAUUUUCUGAUGAUGGACAGUCCCUUUAAACAGUGGAAACCGCUCAACUGGACUUCAGCCACGAGGAAGACAUCAGCGUAUGAGAGCUGGGAGGGCUGCCCCGCUCAGCUGGAGGAGGGAGCUCAUUUUCUGGGACAUGGUUAUUUGGAAUUAAGUGGAAAUGUCUUCAGAGGAGGAGAGAACUUUAAGAUUAAUUUUGAAUUCAGAACUGACCAACUGGAUGCACUGUUACUGUUUACUUACAAUACACAAAGUGAUGAUUACAUGCUGGUGCAACUGAGAGGUGGCUUUCUGUCCUUCAUUGUGUCUUGUGAAGGUGAAGUUACAUCUCUCGUCAUGUGGGCGGGGCUUGGCUAUUGUGAUGGUGACUGGAAACAGUUUUCAGUGACUAAAGAAGGGUCCCUUCUCUCUGCUGCUGUGGACGACUGGGAGGACAUGACGAGAGGAGAAGGGCAAAAUGUGCUGCUACAAGUUGAUUCUCCAUUUUAUUUGGGGGGCGUGCCUUCUGCGCUCAGUCACCCCGCUUUGGACAGUCAAAGUCACAAGCAUGGUCUUGGUGGUUGCAUAAGAAGAGUUCUCAUAAGUGAUGAAAGAAACCCUGAUGUUACUCCUUUUGUGAACUUGUUUGUUGCCUCGCUGGGUUCUGUCCGAGUGUUUUUAGGAGGAUGUCCCAGCAGUGAAAGUCUCUACAACUGCAGAGGGAAUGAUUCAGUACUGAUUUAUACUGGGAAAAAUACACAAGCCACAGAUGACAACCUACAGCCCUUCACUGAGUACUUUUACAGGUAUGUGGCAUUGGGCACUGGAGGUUUGUCCGUGGGUCCGUGGCAGAGAGGGCGCAGUCAAGGAAGAGUCCCUCAGGUUGUGCCUUCUCCCAGAUCAGUUCAGGAUUUGAAUGGGUUCAGUGCCAGUGUGUUUUGGACUCCACCCACAGAGGAACUGAUGGGGAUGAUUGACUAUUAUGAGCUGAAGGCCUACGAUCUAGAUAAUCCUGAAGAAGCACCAAUCACCGCCACUUACCUCGCUAAUGGAAAUUUCACAGGCGUGUUGUAUGGCCUCACUCCAGCCACUCGGUACAGCAUCACUGUCAGCGCCUGUACUCACUUUGGCUGCACAGAGAGUCCACAAAAACACACUGACGGGGGUUUGAUGUCACUCCUCACAACUCCUGAAGAAGCUCCAGAUGCAGUUUUUCCCCCUGUUACCGUCUCAUCACCCACAUCUCUCCAUGUUACGUGGAAACCUCCUGCCAAGCCCAACGGAGUUAUUAUAGAGUACCUCCUCUAUCACAAUGGCCAAAUGGUCUACAAGGGUACGGGCGAGCAGUACAACAUUGCUGGGCUUGCUGUGUACUCCACUCAUGUACUGGUGGUAAGUGCAUGUACUUCAGCGGGCUGCACCAACAGUUCACAGGUAACAGUGGUGACCUCUCAGCUCCCCCCUGGGCCUCUGCAGGCACCAGUCCUCACCCGCCUGGAUUCACGGACCAUUCUAGUGGAGUGGGCCCGUCCCUCCCAGGUCAAUGGGGUUCUCGAGAGUUAUUCCAUCUUUGCGUCUACCGAAGAUGGGCCUGUCCUCGUCCACAACAGCACGGACCUCGCUGAAGAACACACUUUACGAAAUCUAACCCCCGGAACAGCAUACGACGUCACCGUGGCAGCGUGUACAGGUGGUGGUUGUACGCUGAGUCCUCCCAGUCGUGCUAAGACAGAAGAGAGCACUCCAGAGGAUAUUCCAGCACCUGUGGUCACUCCUAUAUCUCCACAUGCUUUCAACGUGAGCUGGACGCCUCCCAGGACGCCAAAUGGCGUCAUUACCAGCUAUGGCCUUUGGCUGGACGGAGCCCUUGUUCUAAACUCCAGUUCAUCUGAGAGGUUCUUUGUGGUGGAUGGACUUUCUCCAUGGAGUCAACACGUUCUCCGCUUACAGGCCUGUACCGCACGUGGCUGUGGAAAAGGACCACUGACGGAGAUGCAUACAUUAGAAAUGGCCCCAGAGGGCCCCAUACUCCUAGAGCUGACCAAUCACAGCUCACGAUCAGUUCGAGUCCGCUGGACUGCCCCACCGAGACCAAAUGGGAAUCUUACCUACACACUGUACUACAAAAACAAAGAUGAUGAUGGCUUUGUGGAUGGAAGAACAGCAUCGAGCAGCUGGUUAACAGUGACUGACCUACAGCCCUAUUCCAACUACAGCUUCUGGAUCAGAGGCUGCAACAGCCGAGGCUGUGUGCAGAGUCUGCCCUUCAGUAUCACAACACCACCAACAGCUCCAGAUGGGUUGGGUCCACUACAGUUGGUCAGUGCAACUAGUUCAAGUCUGAAUUUGUCCUGGUCUGCCCCGGAACGUUCCAAUGGUCCCGGUCCUCUUCAGUACGGCCUGCAAAUGAGGACAUCUUUACAGACGUCUGUGUUAAGACUAUUGGAAAAUGCCACAGAGACCUUUAGCUUCUCUGUGGAGGGCCUGAGACCUUACAGAGAGUAUGUGUUCAGAGGGACAGUGUCUCAUCUUCACGGACAGACCUUGGGACCCUGGACAACUUUUCAAACAGCAGAAGACAAACCGGGACCAGUCAAUACACCAACUGUCCAAGGCCUUUACCCUCGGAGUGCAGAACUUACAUGGGCCGCACCCUUAGAACCAAAUGGCAUUAUUGUAAAUUAUACUCUUUACCUUUUCAGCAGUUUAGACUCUGAGUUUGAUGCAAAACCUUUUUCAAAAGUUACCUCUCUGGUUCCAAGCUACUCAUCACCAGCAACUGAAACAUACUUAACUUGGAGUGAAACCCCUAAAACAAGAGAACAACUUACAUCAGACCUGAACACUGUGGUAUCUCCCACCACCACGGCCCAUAUGAGCUCUAGUUCAAGGAUCCCAAUACAAAACCUGACUGAGAGAAGCAGCACCAGCCAGGCCCCUGGUUUGCUGUCGUCUAGUUCCAGUAGCUCUAUUACCUCUAUUCAGUCUGCAAAUUCCUCUGUCAUAAUGAUUACUGUCCAUGGGAACAGCACCAGCUACACUGUUGAUGGCCUUCUACCGUACACGAUUUACAGACUACAGGUUGAAGCAUGCACUUUUGUGGGGUGCACAUUAUCUGAGAUUUCUCAGAGUUUUCGCACUCUCGCUGCACCUGCGGAGGGAGUCCCUGCACCUCAUGUCUACUCAAACACACCCACCUCUGUUCUUUUAUCCUGGGGUGCAGAGGAGAGGAGUAAUGGCCCUCUGGAACGAUGGACAGUAGAAAGGAGAGUUGCUGGCACCAAUCUGAUUUCCACUGUGGGACAUCUCUCACCAAACACUCCUCCUCUUUCAUAUUUGGACUCUUCAUCAGCUCUUAGUCCAUGGACGACCUAUCAAUAUCGUCUGACUCUUCAAAACGUGGCAGGCAGAGCAGCAGGGCCUUGGGCCAAUGUGACGACUCGACCAUCUCGGCCUGCGGGUCUGAGCCCACCAAGAGUUUGGGUUUUAGGACCGGAGUCACUUCAGGUCACGUGGUCCCCUCCUCUGAUUCCAAAUGGAGAGAUUCACAGAUACGAGAUCCGCCUCCAAGACUUUCACAUUGUUCAUGACCACGACAAUGCUUCUGAUUACAACAUCACAGUGACAGAACUCACUCCCUUCACUAACUACUCCGUCACUGUGUUGGCAUGUUCCAGUGGAGCUGGGAUUGUUGGAGGGUGCACUGAAAGCCUUCCAACGCUGGCUACAACACUGGCCGCUGCACCUCAGGGCCUUGCUCCGCUGACCAUAGUCCCUGUCAGUGAAUCCUUUUUGGCAAUUUCCUGGCAACCACCGCAAAGACCGAAUGGACCCAACAUCAGGUACAAGUUGCUCAGACGUAAAACUCGCCAGCCCCUGGGCCCUGCUACAAUCCUCGCACAGGCAGACACAACCCCUUCCUCAACUGAAGAUCUCCAUCACUGGUUCCAUGUUUACUCUGGCACCAAAUUGUUCUACCAAGAUAAAGGCCUAAGCAGAUUUACCCAGUACCAGUACCAGUUAUUGGUCUAUAAUGACGUGGGCAACUCUUCAGGCGAUAUUUUUACAGCUACUACAAUGGCAGGAAUUCCCCUCCGCGCUCCGUCUGUGUCAGCUUUCCCCAUCAAUCACACCACAAUAUAUAUUAACUGGACACAACCAUCUGUGCACGAUCUUCAGGGAGACGUUGAAUCGUAUUUUAUCGAAGUCAAGUCUGUGCGCUCGAGUGAAAUGUACACUUUUUCAGCAAACGUCACAUCCGCAGUGAUAAGUGACCUCUGGCCCAGUACCAUGUAUUCAGUCUCGUUACAUGUGUCUAAUGGAGCACAUAAUACAACCAAGGCGAUGGUUAAUAUCACCACUGAGGAUGGAGAGCCAGAAGGAAUGUCCUCUCCAGAAGUGGUUCCAGUGAACAGUAGUUCAGUGCGAGUGCUCUGGUCGCCGCCGCUCAGGUCAAAUGGAGCAGUUACAGUUUAUAACAUCUAUGUGAAUGACCAACAACAGGCCAGUGGAGACAACAGCUCAGGCUCCUAUCUGCUCAUGGACCUUCUGCCCUUUACUGUCUACAGUGUGCAGGUGGAGGUGUGUACUGUGUAUGCAUGUGUCAAGAGUGAUCCUACUUACACCACUACUGUGGAAGACCUACCUGUGGACUUCACAGCUCCAAAUGCUUCAGUGAUCAGUUCCAGGGCAGUGAGGUUGGACUGGUCCCAUCCAGGCAGACCCAGUGGGAUCAUGCUGGGUUAUGAGGUCUUAAGACGCACCAUCCGGUCAUGUGGCAGUGGUUCAGAGGAGUCAGAGAAGCCAGUGGGCUCAGGGUUCACGUGUACCUACAUCCAGUGUCCUGCAGCUCAUGCUGUGUGCGGAGCGUCCUGCUUCCACCCUGACACAGAGGUUUGCUGUGGUGGUUUGUUGUUCCCUAAGAAGCCACAGUAUCAUUGCUGUGAAGACACUUACCAAAACUGGAACAAUUCAGCCAGUCCCGUGUGUUGCAAUGGUAAACUCCUCGCCGCACUCCCUGAACAUCAGUGCUGUGGAGGGUACUACAUUCAUGUUAAAAACAAUGAAUACUGCUGCCCUGACCACGCGCAGGGCCGGGUCUCCGUGGGCCUUGGUGACAGCUGCUGUGGGGGAGUUCCUUACUCUGUGAGAGGUGGCCAGCUCUGUUGUGAUGGGACCCUCCAUGAUGGCUAUGGGCUCCAGUGCUGUGGAGGCAGGGUUGUUGAUCAUUCUCUGGUCUGCUGCGGUGAUCAUAAGACAGCAGAGGUGCACACAUACAUUCAGAAUUUUGUCUGCUGCGGUCGUGAAUACAUAAACUCCUCCACUUCUCUUUGCUGUGUGGACAAUGACGGAUUUCCCAAAAUACACCCUGCUGGAAAUGCCACAGUGACAUUACAGUGCUGUGGGUCAAAGGUCAUACCGGAGGAUGAAGGAUGCUGCAGCGGGAUUGGCUACGAUCCUCAACGAUAUGUCUGUGCUGACAGACCCACGCCAGGCCUAAUCAUGGAGCGCCAGUGUCUGCGGGGUGCUAUAUGUCCCAUAGUUGCUGCUUCCACUGCGUACUGUGGCUCCUGUGACCUUGAUCCGUCUACGAGCACCUGCACAUGGACACUGUCUCAUACUGUCCCUGAUACAGUCAUGAACAACACACUCAGUCACCCACAGUUCAAUGAAAGCCUUGAUUUAUACAAAAUAGCGAGUGACUACAACAACUAUGACGUCCAGCAGUUUCAAACAGGCCUGUGCCCGUCCCAUGAGGAGGUGGUUUACAGCGGUGAUGCUAAACAACUCUCUUUCACAGACUCUGCUCUGGAGCCUCACACUACCUACGAGUACAGAGUCAGGGGUUGGAACAGCUUUGGCCGUGGGUCCAGUGAUGCUGUGGUGGUGACUACACUUGAAGACAAGCCGUGGGGAGUGGCACCGCCCCACUGGAGCCGUGUAAAUGACAGAGAUGACAUCAUCUACCUGCGCUGGCAAGAGCCGGCUCGGCCCAAUGGGGAGAUCACACACUAUGUUAUAUUACGUGAUGGACAAGAGCGUUACCGUGGCGAUGAGACAAGCUUUACUGAUGUUGGGGGAAUUGGGGCCUUUCAAGAGUACAGUUACCAGCUGCGAGCCUGUAACCGGGCAGGAUGUGCUGACAGUCCACAGGUGAGUGCGGUGACGGUGCAGGACGUCCCAGAGGGGGUGCUUCCUCCGGUGGUCACAGCCUUGAGCUCGACCUCUCUUACUGUGACUUGGACUCAGCCCUCUCGUCCCAAUGGGGCCAUACAGCGCUACUACCUGAACCAGACCAGCGUGGGAACCAUCUUAACCCACACUGAUGGGGCCCAGAAUUACACUGUAAUGGGUUUGCAGCCGUACACAGAGUACACGUUUGUGCUGGUGGCCUGUACAGCGGUGGGAUGUGGAGCCAGCUCACCUUCUACAGGACGCACCCUACAAGCUGUCCCUGAUGGAGUUUGGUGGAGGCCCAGACAUCUGAUAAUAAACACAUCAGCGGUGGAGUUGUACUGGGACCAGCCGGCUCGGCCUAAUGGACUCAUCUCCCAGUACACUCUCAACAGAGACGGUAACACCAUUUUUACCGGAGGCCAGCGUGACCAGAAUUUCACUGACACUGGACUCCUGCCAAACCACAGCUAUGUGUAUGAGCUGGAAGCCACUACAGAAGGAGGGGCGAGUCGAAGUGACAAAUAUGUUAUCCAGACCCCCAUCACCUCCCCCACUGGGAUCCCUGCUCCCCACAAUGUGACAGUUUCAAGCCCCCACUCCAUCUCUCUUGGUUGGACCCCUCUUGCUCAUUUUAACAGUGACCAGGCUGUAAACUACACUAUCAUUCUAAAUUCAGACAACAGCAAAGUCUCAAUGUUUCGGGCUGGGAUGGACUUGCAAGCAAAUAUAACUGAUUUAGAGCCUUUCACAACCUACUUUAUCAGAGUGCAAGCCUGUCAGGAUGAUGGAUGUGGAGUUGGAAAUGGGGCUUAUGUCCAAACUUUGGAAGCUGCUCCUGAAGAUAUGAUGCCUCCCACUGUACUUGCAGUUGGACCCCGUGUCUUGGAAGUUCAUUGGCUUCCUCCCAAUAAGCCAAAUGGACCCAUAACUUCUUACCACAUAUACAGGCGUCCACAUCAAACCACACAGGAUCUGCUGGUGUUCAUUUGGACCAGCGGGCCCUUGGAGUUUGUCGACGCUAGUCCCUCCCUUCGACCCUUCAGCUACUACCAGUACAGAGUUCAGGCCCUCAACUCCAAAGGCUCUGCUCUGAGUCACUGGGCUCUGGCUCAAACCCUGCAGGCACAACCACAAAACAUGGCUGCUCCCACAGUCACUGCUACUGGCGCUUACUCAGUUCAUCUGAAAUGGAGUGAGCCGGAACAGCCCAACGGUCUCAUUUCUCAUUAUAGACUGGUUUACAAGAAGCACCAACAGGACCCUACGCUCAACUCCACCGCUGUUACUGCUCUGACUGUGGAGGGUUCAACCUGGGAGGCUACAAUAUUUGGUUUUGCCCCAUACAGUGACUAUACAUUCCAAGUGGAGGCCAUAAAUGAAGCAGGCAGCAUUUUUAGUCCAUGGGUGCAAAUUAAGACUCUAGAGGCGUCUCCAGCUGACUUGACUAACUUUACAGUGGAGCACAGAGAACAAGGCAGGGCAUUGCUGCUGAGUUGGGGCGAACCAGCUUCUCCAAAUGGAGUAAUAACGAUGUAUAACUUGUACAGUGAGGGCCUCUUGGAGUUCAGCGGACAGUCACGUAGCUUCCUGUUUCGUCGUUUAGAGCCCUGGACAGUUUAUAAUCUGACUCUUGAGGCCUGUACCUCUGCAGGCUGCACACGCACCUUUUCUCAGCAGGUGACCACUGCAGCCGCCCCUCCUGCCUCCCAGCCCCCUCCCACUCCUCUGUUUAUAGGGACAGACCAAGUGUCACUUACCUGGGGCCCUCCAUCUGAGCCUAAUGGGCCAAUCGGAGAGUAUAUUUUACUAGGCAGAAGUCCAGAUGAAUUUGGGAGAGGGAGAAGUAAUGACGAGGAUACUGAGAGUGGCAAAGUUUUAUUCAGAGAAUCCUCUCCACAUGAAGGUGAAACCUUCUCCUACACAGUAACAGGACUGCGUCCCUGGACCCAGUAUGAGUUCAGCAUCCAAACCUACAAUCCUGCUGGUCACACCCAAAGCCCCUGGGCAACAGUGAUGACCAGACAGGCCCCGCCCCGCGGCCUAGCCCCUCCAACAGUCUCACAUGUUCCAGGACGUCCCACUGAGCUCAGGGUCUUUUGGACCGCUCCUAUGGAGCCAAAUGGGGUCCUUCAAUCUUACAGAAUUAUCAGAAACAAUAUUAGUUUUGCUUUUAGUUUUGACCCGACAGUCCUGAGCUACAGUGAUGAAGAUCUCAGUCCUUUUUCAAAAUACAGCUAUGCAGUAACAGCGUGUACAUCAGAAGGCUGCGUCACGAGCCCCUAUACAAAUAUCACAACAUUAGAAGCUCCUCCUGCUGCUGUUGAAGUUCCCAUCAUGAACAACAUCACCUCCAGCUCCAUCAGAGUUGUCUGGAGUGAACCUCGGACACAGAACGGAGAAGUGACAGAGUAUGUGCUCAGGCUAAACGAUGAGGAGGUCUAUCGAGGCUCACAUCUACACACAGACCUGUCAGACUUACAGCCGCACAUGUUCUACCAAUUAUCUUUGGAGGCCUGUACCAGAGGAGGAUGCAGUACAAGUGCUGUUGUUUCUGCACGGACAGAUGAGGCUCCACCCACUGGCCUGGCCUCCCCAUCACUAAAGGUGACAGGCUCAGACUCAGUUGAGAUCAGCUGGAGCGCACCAGAGCAGCCCAACGGCAUCGUCACAGGAUAUGAGCUUCGACGAGACGGUGAAGUUGUUUACGUUGGUACAGAGAUGCAUUACCACGACUUCACACUUCUGCCCAAUGUGGAGUACAGCUACGUGAUCACAGCCAACAACAGCAAGGGACAAGUCAGCAGUGCAGCAGCCACCACAAAAACACACCAGUCUGCUCCGUCUGGCGUCGCUCCUCCCACACUGACCCCUAUUGGACCUGAUCAGUUAAGAGUAGAAUGGAGCGCUCCAGCCCGUCCAAAUGGAGAGAUUGUUCGUUACAUUGUGCACAAACGAGAUCCAGUCGAGCUAACAGUCUUAAGCUCAGAGUUUACUCCGGAGGACACUGCGUUUUCUGAUCAACACCUUAUUCUGGUUGGAUUAUUUCCAAAUCAGAGGUAUGAGGUGAGAGUGGAGGCCUGCACCGCUCUGGGCUGCUCCUCCAGUGAAUGGUCACCUGUAGUAACUCUUGAAGCGCCCCCUACUGGACAGGCCUCUCCGAUGUUAGACCUCCAGCCUGAUGAAGACACAGGCUUUGAGACGACUUUUGUGCUCACCUGGUCUCCCCCGACGCAGCCGCACGGGGUGAUCCUGCACUAUGAGGUGUACAGACGCCUGGACCAGACACGCAGAAGUAAUGGAGCUACUCUUAUUUACAGAAAUACAUCGACUGUGUACAAGGAUAAAGGACUCCAGCCAUACACUAAAUACCAAUUUCAGGUCUGGGCAGUAAAUUCAGCUGGUCAUGCUGCCAGUCCAUGGACAAACGGGAGAACAGGACCUGGGCCUCCUGAGGGUCUGCACCGACCUAUUUUUAUAAAUGUUUUAGCUACGUCUGCUAUUGUGAAAAUCCUUGCUCCAACUAAACCUAAUGGAAUCAUCAGCCUUUACAGGGUUUUCUCUCAAAACCACCAUAACUACACUUUGUUGUCAGAAGGCACAUCCCAACAGCAAACACUUCAUGGUUUACAUCCUUAUACCCGCUACUGGGUCGGUGUCGAGGCCUGCACCUGUUUCCAGUGCUGCAGUCAGGGCCCUGUGAAGGAGCUCCGUACUCUCUCUGCCCCUCCAGCCCAGCAGCCUGCCCCCCGUCCCAUCAGCCUAACGUCCCGCUCUGUGCAGCUGCAGUGGGACCAGCCUCUAGCUCCCAAUGGGGUCAUUGAGAACUGUGAGCUUCAUCUGAGACAGUGCUGCCCACAGCCUCCUCAGCCUGUUCCUGUCCCAUGUGUGGAGGGUCACAUAGAAGUGUGUUAUUCUGGAACGAGCUGGAGCCACAAUGUGACAGGUCUAAAACCGUACUACAGCUAUGAGUUGAGAGCUGCGUGUUUUAACAACAUGGGCAGCACUGCCUCCAAUUGGACGACAGUGACGACUCUUUCUGAAGCCCCACAGUACGUGGCUCCUUUCCUGGUGGGCAGUAACCUGACCACUGUGUGGCUGGAGUGGUCAGAGUCUUUCUCUCUCAACGGACGUUUAAAGGAGUACACAGUGACCGAGAGAAAACUGAGGGUCUACUCUGGUUUCUACAGUUCCCUCCACAUCCCCCUCACUUCACAGAAAUCGCUCUCUCUCCAAGUGACUUGUACCACAGACAAUGGCAGUGCCAGUACUCCAGUUAUCAAGUACAGCCCUACCUUUGGUCUAGAUCCUGGUGAGUCCAUUGACAAUGGUAAACAAGGGGUCAGCAUGUCACGCACACCUGUGUACUCCGAGCUGUGGUUCAUCCUGCUCUUCUCAAUACUGGGCCUGUUUCUUCUGGCUUUGUUGAUUGGCUUAGUGCUACAAAGAGCUUUGAGGAAAGAUCCAGCAGCUAGAGAGCGCCCUCCACUGGUGAUGCUGCAGAAGACAAGUAAAGCCCGUGGAGAGGUGUAUAUGUUUGACACAGUAGCAGACAGUAUUGAGGUCAGCAACGUUGUACUUAAAAGCUACACUGUGUAUUCAGAGGCUCUAUCAGACACAAAGAUCAGUACCAUGCCAGUGCUACGUGUGCCCAGCCAAACAGACCUCGUUCAGGCUUACUCCCAGCAUUCCUUGCACCGCAGCGUGAGCCAGCUGAUUGACAGGAAGUCGUUAAUGUUGGAGGAAGGAAGCUGGGACAACCCCCUAGGUCAGGAUUCAGGACUGUACGUGGAAGAGGAGGAAUUCGGAGAUGCCGUCAAGACCUUGAGCUCAGUCAAAAAGGAGCACACGAUGUUCACAGAUACGCACCUCUGAGAUAAUACGGAA